AUGAAGUUAGCGGUAUUCAGUGCCAAAUCAUACGACCGCACUUAUCUAGAACAAGUGCGCGACCGGCUUUUCGCGUCACUAUGCACCAUUGACUUCCACGCCUUCUCCCUAUCGGAAGAGACCGUCCCACUCGCGCGGGGGUGUGACGCCGUCUGUGUCUUCGUCAACGACACGCUCGAUGAGCCCGUACUGAGAGCCCUCCAUGCCUACGGGAUCCGAGCCAUCCUGCUCCGCUGCGCGGGGUACAACCAUGUGAAUCUCGGAACCGCAGAGGAAUUAGGCCUCUUCGUGGCGAAUGUCCCCGCGUACUCCCCGGAAGCGGUGGCGGAGUUUGCAGUGGCGCUGAUCCAGACACUCAACCGCAAGACGCACCGGGCCUACAACCGGGUUCGCGAGGGCAACUUCAAUAUUGAAGGCUUGCUCGGGAACACCUUGCAUGGCAAGACCGUGGGGAUCGUCGGUGUGGGGCGGAUCGGGCUCGCCGCCACGCGCAUCUUCCACGGCUUUGGAUGCCGACUGCUAGCCUACGAUCCGUUCGCCGGGGAGGAAUUCCAGCAGUAUGGGACAGUGGUCGAUCUGGAGACGUUGUUGCGGGAGAGUGAUAUCGUCAGUCUACACUGUCCGCUCACCGAUGGGACCAAGCACCUCAUCAAUGAGGAGACGUUGUCCAAGAUCAAGCCGGGGUCGUUGUUGGUGAACACAUCCCGGGGGGGACUGAUCGAUACCACGGCUGUGAUUCAAGCACUCAAAACCAAGCAGCUGGGGGGACUAGCCUUGGAUGUGUACGAGGCAGAAAGCGAGCUCUUCUACAAUGACCAUUCGGGCGAGAUCAUUGAAGACGAUGUGUUGAUGCGUCUGAUGACCUUCCACAAUGUCCUCCUCUGUGGUCAUCAGGGCUUCUUCACACGCGAGGCGCUGUCGGAGAUUGCCGAGGUCACCCUGGGCAAUCUAUCGGACUUUGUGAAUGCCCGUUCGUGCAAGAACUCCUUGGCCACAGAGGGACAUGUACUGGUUCGCCGGGAUACAGAGCCUGUGAGAUUGUAG